AUGGAUGACUAUGAAUACCUUCAACCUGGGUUCGACCCCAAGUCGCUGACAGUACCUCGACUGCGAUCGAUCCUUGUUGCACACGAUAUCCAGUACCCCGCCACAGCAAAGAAGCCUCAGCUCAUUCAGCUUUUCGAAGAUGAGGUCGUUCCUCAAGCGAAGAAGAUCCUGGCAAAACAGGCCAAGGCGAAGAGAUCAAGCUACGGUAUUGUCGACGCUGGAAGCUCCCAGGACACCGAUUCCUUCGACGACUACGACCUUGCCCCUCCCCCACCGAGGGUGACGAGGUCGAGAUCGCCGCGCAAAGCAUCUGCCCGGCUCAAGAGCGAGGAAUAUGAGCAGCAAGGGCCGGCUUCAGUCAGUCCGACAAAGCGCAAGGUACGAGCUACAAGCCGACAGCUGCCAGAGCCUGAACCCUACAUCGAGCCUUUUACUGAGCCGGAGCUGCCCAAGUCUGUUCGCACCAAGCGCGCUGUAACUCCUAAGAUUUCAAAGAUCAAGCAGGAAGAGUCCGAGGAGGAAUUUUUCAACAGGAGAGAAUCGCAGUACUUCUCUUCAGAAAAUCCCUUCCAAAGUGGCAGUCCAGCAACGCAGCUCAUAACCAGUCCCACCGGACGGAGGAAGACCACUGGCGUGGACAUCGCAAAUGGUAGACAAGAGCGUAGCCCUCGCCGGAGAACCGACGGCCACUACGCCGAGGAUCGACCCAACUCGUCGAGAAAGUCCCACGCGUUUGAGAUUCCCGUCAGUGAGCUUCUCCGUGAGCAAACACCUGAGGCACAAGUGUUUGAGGUUGAGGCUGGAGAGGAGUUCACCCCCGACGCACAGUUCGAGAUGGAACAAGAAAUGGCUGCAGGUGGUGAAAGAGCACUCGCACCGCGUCCCACGUCGCCUCCACGCCCGAGACGCGGCCUCUCCAAACCUCUAUGGGCUCUUGCGAUUUCCCUGUUUGGCGCGUAUGGCGCAUGGUACCGACAGGAGAAGGUUGCCGUUGGAUACUGUGGACUCGGUCGACCUGCAACGCAAAUCAUCCCUCCGGACGUUGCAGUUCCUAACUGGGCAGUGCAACUGGCUGAACCCCAGUGCGAGCCUUGCCCGCAGCACGCAUACUGCUACGGAGAUUUCACGGUUCGCUGCGAGCCGGAUUUCAUACUGAAGCCUCACCCGCUGGCUUUGGGUGGUCUGCUUCCACUGCCUCCCACGUGUGAGCCGGAUGGUGAAAAGGUCAGGAGGGUGAAGGCCGUAGCAGACAAGGCAGUCGAGGAGCUACGGGAGCGCCGAGCGCAAUUUGAAUGCGGAGACUCUACCACAGUUGCUGGCCAGGCGCCAGCGUCCCCGUCUAUCGAAGAGGAGGAGUUGAAGGCCGCGAUUAGUGCAAAGCGGAGCAAGAAGAUGACCAAGCAGGAGUUCGACGACCUUUGGGUUGCCGCGAUUGGAGAAGUGAAGGGUCGAGAGGAAGUCGAAGUGGCACCAAAGGCCAAUUCCACCUCAAUUUCAGACGCCUACCUCUCGUCUACCUCUCUCGCUCGGCUACCGAUCGGCUGCACCCUCAAGCGCUCAGUUAGACUCGGCUUGGCAAGACAUCGACUCUCAAUUGGAUCUGUAAUCUUCUUGAUCUCGGCUUAUUUUUACGUCCGACGUAAGUACAGAUCACACAAGGCCACCGUGGCGCAGGUUCCAGCGCUUGUCGACCUUGUGUUGUCGAGACUGGCGACGCAAAAGGAGCUUGGGGAGGAAGACAUCGAUGACCCUUGGCUCUUCCUGCCCAACCUUCGUGACGACGUGCUUCGGUCAGUGCACUCGCUCGGCGAACGAGAUCGCAUCUGGACAAAAGUGAAGGCGGUCGUCGAGCAGAAUAGCAACGUUCGAACCAGUCAAAGAGAGGGCAGGAGCGGCGAAGUUGGCCGCGCGUGGGAGUGGAUUGGACCGAUUGCCGGAGACAGUGCCAGGCGGCGCAAGAGCGGACGUAUUUCCUAUGGAGCGGAAGUCAAGACAGAAGAUACCCCGGGGACGUCAGAGGAUAAGGCCGUCGCUCAUUCAAAGUGGGAUGAGCCGCGGCCUAUUUAUUGA